GUCUUCCUAGUUGACUGACUGCUGCCAAUCCAGCUCAGAGCACAGUCUAAUCUCUGAUCCCGAACAGAAAAAGCAAAAAGAUUAGUCCCUCUGGAAUCUCUGGGACCGUCUGCAAGAAGAGGAUCCGGCUUCCAGCUAACGCCCAAAGAAGCAAGACCUGUCUCUCACUAACCUGCCUGGAUAACUCGUCCGUUUGUCAUUAUUUUCCCUUCGGGUGACUCUGGAGACAAAGCUUUUGUGAUGCUCCGCAGAUUCUCAAGAAGUCUGUCGCACUUGGCAGACGCCACACCAGCGAGCCGCGGCCGUGAAGACCUUCCACCACACUCCGUAUCGUCUCCUAGUCGAGCCUCCUUUUCAGAAUUCCUGCCCAGCACGGUACCGUCGUCUACUCACUACGACGACAGUGACUACACUACUCACUAUCAAGAAGCUGCGGAGGCUCCCAACGUGCCCAGAAGUCGUUCGCAGCAGAGCACAUACGACAUGCCCCCCAGUCCUGCAGGGCAUUCAUACUUGAGCACGAGAGACCUGCCUACAGAAUUGAACUUUGCAGACAUGGACGACAGUUAUAUCCCUGACGACAGGGACCAGUCCUUUGCGCGCCCACGAAGUUCUCAAAGCCAGUCCUACUAUACUGGCCAGCACGUGGAGCGCCAACCUUCACCAGAGACGGUUCAACACUACGGAGGAUCGACGAGAUCACCAUCUGCAGCCCGAAAGAGCAUCAUGUCCAAGUCCUCACACGUGCCGUCAUCCGCGUCAUCCUUCGCGCCCGCCAACUCAGCACUUCCGCCAUUGCAAACCAAGGGCGCCGGCAAUAACGACGGCCUCGAGCCUCUGGCAGAAGAAGAAAUUGACCCAGCAUCGUUCGACCUCGUCGUCCCGGCGAAUGAGCCCACGCAGUACUCCCUAGAGGCACGUUCGGAACUGCUCUUCUCGAAGGAGCACCUCGAGGUCAUCUUUGAAGACCCGGUCCUUCUUCAGCGUUUCACCACGUUUCUCUGUGCCGCCCAUCCGGCCUCUGUGCCUGUGCUGGUGUACUAUCUUGACGCACUCAAGGCCCUGAGGGCGCUGGAUUAUGUGAAUUCGAUCGCAAGAUCACUGAGAGCACCCAAGGACCUCGGCGUUUCUCAAGAGCCAAUACAAAACACCGCAAACGACGACUUGCAGGCCAAGGCCGACCAGGCGUUUGAGCGGCUCGCGCGUGAGGACUUGCCGGCGUACAUCACCCAUACGUGGGUGCGGACAGUGAGCGUGACGAUCAAGCGACGUAUUGCCGACACACUGCCUGUGCAUUUGAGGGAUCUCUCAGAGGGCCUUGCAGAGGUGUUUUGCCUGACGGAUCCUUCUCGGCCAGACAACCCGAUCAUCUUUGCCAGCGAGGAGUUCCACCGAACAACACAGUACGGCAUGAAUUACGUGCUCGGCCGCAACUGCCGUUUCCUCCAAGGCCCAAAGACAAACCCUUCCAGCGUGCGGCGGCUGAAGGAGAAAGUCCUUGCUGGAAAGGAGCACUGCGAGACAUUUCUCAACUACAGACGAGACGGGUCGCCAUUUAUGAACCUGCUCAUGGUGUCGCCCCUGUUCGACAGCCGUGGGAAUGUCCGCUACUUUAUCGGUGCUCAGGUCGAUGUGUCUGGACUAGUCAAAGAGUGCGCUGGACUGGAGUCGAUGGAACGCCUCGUGCAGCAGCAAGAGGCCCGCGAGAGCCAGCAGCACGGCAGAUUUGACGCCAGCAAGUCACAACUCCACCAUGCCGACACAACGGAUAAAGACGAGUUCCGCGGUCUGGCCGAAAUGUUCAACCUCACGGAGCUCAAGACGGUCCGGGAACACGGCGGCUCGCUGCACCGGACACGGCAGGCGACGCACGGCGGCGAGGGAGGCGGCGGCGUGGACGACGCGAACCUCACCAACUGGAACAAGCCGCGUCUGCUGAUUCGAGAUGAUGCCUCGAUGCAGCGGCGCGACAGCGACCCCAUCAUGACCCUGCCAUCGACAUCCGGCGGCAAGCUCAGCGGCGUAUAUGAGCACUACCUCCUCGUCCGGCCGUAUCCCAGCAUGAGAGUCCUCUUCGCCAGCCCCAGCAUGCGCGUUCCGGGGAUGCUUCAGAGCAGCUUCAUGGACCGCAUCGGCGGGUCGAGACAAGUCAAAGAAGCCCUAGCGCAGGCAUUUGCCGACGGGCACGGCGUCACAGCAAAGGUCCGCUGGCUCAGCGACCGGGCGAAGCGCGACAGCCACGGCAGCAGAGAGGCAUCUGCCGCGGCAGGCCUGGGAGGCGCAACAGGAAAGGGCCGCUGGAUCCACUGCACGCCGUUACUGGGCGGCAACGGGGCAGUGGGAGUGUGGAUGGUGGUCCUCGUCGAGGACGAGGCAGAGUCGAGCAGCCGAAGAACCCGCGAUGCACCGCCGGUCAGCAGACACAUUGGGCAGACGAGCAUCGGGGGCACGCCCUUGCCUAGCGACUUUGACCGGCAGUCGCUCCUGGCCGGCAGUAGUGGCCCGGGAGCUUCGUCGACGGCGGCUUAUCAGCGACCACCUUCGCAGCAGACACCACAGCGGCGGUAUCGUGGCGGUGACGAGACACCAGAUGUCGACGAUCUCAGUCUCGCUGGUGCGAGCUUCAUCGAUGCCCAAAUCGGACCUCGCUCGUCUUCCCGGACAGGCAGUAUCAGCGGACAGCAGCCUGCCCACGGCGAUCUGAGGCAGCACAUGUCAUCCAAACGACGACCACAGCAGGGUGUGACCAGCGCCGCCGCAUCUACAGCCGAGAGCAGCAUGUACGGCAGCAUAAACAGCGGCGGAAAUGGCGUCUACCACGGUCGAUCGGCGGCUAUCGACAUGUCUUCUUCUUCUGCUGGUGCCAAUGGGAUGUCUCAGUCCCGAGGGGCCUCGCUGUCGCGGCUCAAGGCGCCACUGCCUCCUGCACCCACGGGGGCUCUGGUACACGAAGGCAUCCCGAUUCGGACUACGGGGGCUUCGGCGACCGGCAGGUCAGCAUCGUGACGGCGGCGACCAGGUCUUGUACUUUUAGGAAUGGUCCAACA